CACAGACGGCGCGAGGGGGAGCGAGCGAGCGGGCGCGGCCGGGUUCCGCAGCCCUGGCGCCCGCCGCCGCCCGCAGCCCCGCAAUAUGCCUCCGUGGCCCGCUGGCUCUCCGCCAUGGCGAGGCUCUGCCGGCGCAUCCCCUGCGCCUUGCUCCUCGGCCUGGCCGCGAUGCUGCUGAAGGCUCGGUUGGUACCCGCGGCCACCAGAGCCGAACUCAGUCGCUCCGACCUCAGCCUCAUCCAGCAGCAGCAGCAGCAACAGCAAAAGCAGCGGGAGGAGGCGGAAGAGGAGAGGCCAGAGGUGCCUGGGGCAUCCUCUACUUCGGCGGUUCCAGUGUCUGUAUUUAUGCUAAAAGUCCAGGUGAAUGACAUCAUCAGUCGCCAGUACCUGAGUCAAGCAGUUGUGGAGGUAUUUGUUAACUACACGAAGACCAAUUCUACGAUAACUAGAAACAAUGGAGCAGUAUUGAUAAAAGUACCCUACCAAUUAGGACUCAGCUUAACCAUCAUUGCUUACAAAGAUGGCUAUGUCUUGACGGCUCUGCCUUGGAAAACUGGAAGGAUGCCAAUAUAUUCUUCAGUUACACUUUCACUAUUCCCGCAAAGCCAAGCAAAUAUAUGGCUCUUUGAAGACACUGUUUUGAUUACCGGAAAAUUAGCUGAUGCCAAAUCUCAACCAAGUGUUCAGUUCUCAAAAGCCUUCAUUAAACUUCCUGACAACCAUCAUAUUAGCAACGUGACUGGCUAUCUAACAGUUCUACAGCAGUUUUUAAAGGCGGACAAUUUUCUGUAUACAACUGGAAUCACUCUUAACAAACCAGGUUUGGAAAACAUUGAGUUGACUCCUCUUGCUGCAAUAUGUGUGAAAAUAUAUUCUGGAGGAAAAGAAUUGAAGGUGGAUGGCUCUAUUCAUGUAUCUCUUCCUCUUCUACACACAAAUAAUGUAAACAUGGGAGAUCGAAUACCUGCUUGGACAUUUGAUAUGAACACAGGUGCUUGGGUGCAUCAUGGCUGGGGAAUCGUCAAGGAGCACAACAGUCAUUUGAUUUGGACCUACGAUGCGCCACAUUUGGGCUACUGGAUUGCAGCUCCAUUUCCAGGAGCUCGAGGUUCAAGUAUAAGUGAAGAUUCCAAAGACAUAACUGCCUACCACACAGUGUUCCUUACAGCCAUAUUAGGGGGAACAAUAGUUAUCAUCAUUGGAUUUUUUGCUGUGCUGCUUUGUUAUUGCAGGGGUAAGUGUGGAACACCACAGAAAAGAGAAAGAAAUGUCACUAAACUUGAGAUUCUCAAGAGGGACCAGACAACAUCAACAACACACAUAAAUCAUAUCAGUUCAGUCAAAGUUGCAUUAAAAGCCGAGGACAAGGCGCAGUUAUUUAAUGCCCAAACCUCAUCCUACAGCCCACAGAAAAAGGAAACCACAAAGAUGGAAGGGGAAGAAAGAAUUUCCAUGGUGAAAACUCGGGACAAUUUUAAAGUCUACAAUGAAGAUGUUUCCUUUCUGUCAGUCAAUCACAAUAACUACUCAAGAAAUCCAACACAGUCGUUGGAGUCAAGUAUAGGAAGCAAACAACCUAAGCAUAUUAGCAACAACCUCUCUCCGUCGCGAGGUGGCACUCAAGAGGAAAAGAGGUAUCUCACAGGAAGUGAGGAGGUAUAUGGGCGGUCCCACAUUCCUGAGCAGCUUAUGCACAUCUACAGCCAGCCCAUUGCCAUCCUUCAGACGUCAGACCUUUUCUCCACACCGGAGCAGUUACAUGCUGCUAAGUCCGCCACUUUGCCACGAAAGGGACAGUUAGUCUAUGGCCAAUUGAUGGAACCAGUAAACAGAGAGAACUUUACGCAAACAUUGCCCAAAAUGCCAAUGCAUUCUCACGUCCAGGCCCCAGAUGCUGGAGAAGAGGACAUUGUACUUGAAGGUCAGCAGAGCUUGCCAUCCCAGACUUCGGAUUGGAGCCGCUAUUCCAACAGCUUGUUGGAGUCCGUGUCUGUUCCCGGAACUCUAAACGAAGCUGUUGUGAUGACUCCUUUUUCAUCAGAACUCCAAGGCAUUUCAGAGCAGACCCUCCUAGAGCUGUCCAAAGGCAAACCCUCUCCCCACCCCAGGGCGUGGUUUGUGUCUCUUGAUGGAAAGCCUGUGGCACAAGUGAGACACUCCUUUAUAGACCUGAAAAAAGGCAAGAGAACCCAGAGCAAUGACACAAGUCUAGACUCUGGGGUGGAUAUGAAUGAGCUCCAUUCAAGCAGAAAGCUGGAGAGGGAGAAAACAUUCAUCAAAAGCAUGCAUCAGCCCAAGAUCCUUUACCUGGAAGAUUUAGACCUGAGCAGCAGUGAGAGCGGAACCACGGUCUGCUCCCCCGAGGAUCCUGCGUUGAGGCACAUCUUAGAUGGAGGCAGCGGCGUUAUUAUAGAGCACCCUGGGGAAGAGUCUCCAGGAAGGAAAAGCACUGUGGAAGAUUUUGAAGCCAACACAUCUCCCACUAAAAAAAGAGGCCGACCACCACCACUAGCCAAAAGAGAUAGCAAGACUAACAUCUGGAAAAAACGAGAGGAACGUCCACUGAUUCCCCUCAACUAAUUGUGAGAGCCAUGUAUCUCUGUCGUUUCAUGGUGUGUAUUCUUGCUUCUUGUAAAUUGCAGUAUGAACUUCUUGGGAGACUGAGACUGAGCAAUCUCACGGGUCUUAGACACAUCUCAAGCAAGGUAGAUGGUAAAACAAUAAUUCAAAAAUCAGAAAUGCUUUCUGUGGUCUGUUCUUUGCAUCUGCCUUUGAGUGAUGAAGAUAUCCAAGUUUUAAAAAUGUAAAAUAAUAUAAAGAUGUUAUCUGAAAAUGUUGCUCAGUUUGCCAAUUGUACCGACUCUUAAGAAUCCAACAGUGAAAUGUGUGCUAUAGCUGCUCUCUAAAAUCUUGCCUCUGCCUUGGUAUCAUGGAACAUCUUCUUACGGCCUCAUCCUCCUGCAGUGUAACUGUGAUGUCUUUUCCUGACUAUAUUUUAAAAAAAACUCAACAAAUGUUUGGGCGAAUGUUAAAGAUCAAACGGCACUUUCUUUCUUAAGAUUGAUGACUUGUGGGUUGUCAGCACCAUAGUAAAUCCUGUGCCCCUAUAACACAGGCAGGAAGGCCCCAGUUCAUUAGAGGAGACUCAACUCUGGUUAUUUGGGGGAUAUAGGUUUGUAGAACAAAUAAGGCAAUCACUCAUGUAGAAUUCCAGAAAUGAAAAUUCUGAUAUUGUCUUUUUGUUUUCAAAUAAAGUGACCUUAGUUGCCAGGUGAGAGGAGGCUCUGGUUUGCUUUAAGGAUCACUAACCCAUAUAGGCUAAAAUCUAUUUUUAAUACUCUUUUGUCAUAACCCCAAUUAAUCUUGAUUAAAAAUACAACAAUUUCUUGUGGAUGUCAAAAGAAUACUAGACUGUGGAGAUAAAGAAAAUGAAUAUUCCAUGUAAUUUGGCAGGAGAGGAAAGACCAUUUUGAUAUUAAAAAAUCUCCAGGGUAUGAGUUGACACUUGAUGUUGACACUUUUAGAAGAUGUUGGAGGAAAACAUUCUGGAUUUCAAGAGGGAGCUUUCCUUGUCACCUGAGCCCAUAUAGCCACACAGGUCAGUUUCAGGCAUUUAUCCCUGUCCAUCCCUCAGUGUGAAUUCAGGAGCUGUUUUCAGUUAUGUGUUCUCAAUUCUUCUAAAAUAAAAUGUCCUUGAUCCAACCAACCCAUCCUGUUUUACCUAAUAAUUUUCACGAGGACGCAUUUGUACAGCAGCUCUCCCUUUCCUUUUGAGGAGAAUAAAUGAUUCUUCUUCUCACCCCUACCAUUCAAUACACAAGCAGCAGAGGAGAAUCAAGCUAAAGGAAACUAAGACACCCUAACUUUGUAAAAUUGUAGAUAGUUGUAUGAUGGAAGACAACAGUACCCCACCCCAAGACAAGAGACUUCAGCCAGUGUUUCCUGUAAUCCCUUCUGAAAUAUCUUACCCAUUGGAACUCUCCUGGCUUUGUGAAUUAACCCAAAGAAUGCAAAGACCUUUGCCUAUGUUUCUUGUAUAUUACUCCCCUUUAUAUGUGUUUGGGUAACACAUAGGCUUGCUAUUGGGGAUAGAGUGACAAGGCUCACAUUUAGAGGGGGGCUCUUUAUUGGCCUCAUACAGAAAUAGAUCAUAAAUAGUAUGGAAUGACUUGGAGAAGUUAAGAGUUAGUGCUCUGCGGAAGUGCCUUUGACUCGGACUUGCAUUAGGAGGAUAAAUAACAUCUUUUUUCAAUGUACAUUUUGUUAGCCAAAUUAAACAGAUGUGCAGUUAUUAAAAACUAUAUAGCCCAAGUGUUUCACGUUGGAACAAUGAAUUUUGCAUGUGACAUUUUCUUUUGUGUACUGUUUUUUGAAUCCACGAGAAAAUGAUAAAUUGUUUCUAUUGGAAUGAGGUUAGGAGCUAUAUAGUAAAGUGCUGCACCUCCUUAACACUUUAAGUGUAUAUCUUCACCUUUAAAAAGGUUUCGUGUCUCAACUGGGCAAAGAAAUACACAUAUAAACAUAUGAGUAUAUCGCCCAAAUAUGCCAGUGACUUCACUCAUUUUUGUCUAAGGGAAAUGAGAUGAUGAAUCCUAAGGGCUUUUGUAGGACUUUAAUUUCACAAAAUAACUUUUUAAAAAAAGCACUGCAUGUGCUGUUUUUGAUCGGGAAUUUUAGGCAAUUUAUCUUUUCUAAUCAGAAGAAUGUGACUUCUCAUUUGUGAGCCGUUCACAGUUUCCUGUUAAAAAAACCGAAGCCAUCUACUUUUUCUUAACCCAAGUGAGAGACCAACACUAUUCACUACUUUCUUAAAUUUUUAAAUUGAAAGCCAAUGCAGACUUUUGCAUAUGUAAACUAGAGAAUUUUGGUUACAAAUUGCUGACAUUUGUGGAGCCUUUGUACAUAGUUUGGGUAUAUCUCGAAGGCAAAGCUAUCACUUAAUUGAUGGAUUUCUUUACUAAAGCACAGCUGUAUGCAGUUUUGAAUACAUAUGACCUUGAAACUUUAUAAAAAUCCAUUUUUAUGACUUUCUGCUGUUGAAUAGGGACCAUGCCCUUUUAUAGUUGGCAGCGUUCCACAAAGAUCACAAAUACUGAGGAAUAAGAGCCCUGCUUUGCAAUGGCAAUUACUGUCAGGCUACUUUCUAUCUAUUUGGAUUCUCUGCUAUCCAUAUUUAUUAUAGGGUUUUAGAGAUUUUGGGGUCAAAUAUUGCCCUUCCAAACUUCCCAGAAAGGUAAAGCUCAAAACUACAUACUAAUUGCUAUGACUUGAGUUGCUCAUUGUUGUGUGCUGACAUCACAGACAGACACCACUUGGUUUCCACUCAGAUCUAGAGUUGACAUCUUGCCCUCAUGUUCUCAGGUGUUUUUCUUUCUUUCCUUUUUUGUUUUUCUUCUUCUUCUUUGUAUCAUUUCAUUAGAGAAAUCUCAUGUUUUGGCAUAUUUAUUGAUGUUACUGUAUUUCUUGAACAGUCUGAAGAUUUGUAAAAUGUUACAAACAGUUCUUUAAGGAUAAUAAAAGUCAACCUAACCUAAA